AUGAAGUCUACUGCAUUAUUGUCAGUUUUGACUUGCAUUGCUUGUGGCCUCGUUGCUGCCGAGGACCUCAAGAUUGACGUGACACAUUCAGUUCAGUGUGACCGCAAGACGCAAAAAGGCGAUAAAGUACACAUGCAUUACAAAGGCACACUAGGAGGCUCAGGAACCAAAUUCGAUGCUAGUUACGACAGAAACGAGCCGCUCUCCUUCACCUUGGGAGCAGGACAAGUCAUUGCAGGCUGGGACCAAGGUCUUCUCGACAUGUGUGUUGGAGAAAAGCGAACACUGACCAUUCCACCUGAACUUGGCUACGGCGAACGUGGCAUUGGCCCCAUCCCCCCCGGUGCAACUCUCAUCUUCGAAACUGAACUCGUAGACAUUGAAGGUGUUUCUCCACCGGAAGAUGAGAACAAAAAGGAAGCAGACACCGAGGCUCAUGGCGGAAAAGCCGGCGAAAAGGUAGCUAGUGUCAUAUCAGAAGCUACUGAGGCUGCUAGAACGUUGAUGGCUGAUACUGAUGACGCACAGGGCCAUGAGGAGUUGUAA